AUGUAUGUGUUUGGUGCCAAGCUUCAUGCGCUUAAGUCUCACAUAAAAGUUUGGAACAAGUUGGUUUUCGGGGAUGUUAAUAUGAAAAUUGAUAGAGCUUUUGAUGCUUUGGAUGAAAUUCAAAAGGAAAUUUCCAGCUUGGGUCCUUUAGAAGAAAGGUUUACAAAUGAGGAUAAUGCUUUUUUGUGCGUGCAAAAGGCUCUUAUUGCGCAGGAAAAUUUUUACCAUGACAAGUCUCACAUUAAAUGGCUUUCUGAAGGGGAUAAUAAUAACUCUUUUUUCCAUUCCAUGGUUAAAAUCAGGAAACUUCAUCAGUCACUGGCAGUUAUGAGAGAUGGCAAUAAGGUUCUUGAUAAUCAGAUGGAUAUUAGUCAGCAUGUUGUUACCUAUUUUCAAGAUCUUUUUUCUACAGAUAGUUCAAUAACAAACAUUGGUUUGGUUGCUUGUACUAUUCCCAAUGUAGUCACUGCAACAGAAAAUGAGUCGUUGUUAGCAAUUCCAACUCAUGAUGAAAUUUUUGAAACUUUAAAGUCUAUGGACCAUUCUAGUUCCCCGGGUCCAGAUGGUUUUGGCGAGUCUUUCUAUUUUAGAUAUUGUUUAAGCCCUAUUGCUGCUCAUAUUGUCUCCCUUCAACAUAAUGCUUUUACAAAAGGACAAUCUAUUGUGGAUCCCAUCAUUCUCACUUCUGAAUGUAUGAACCUCCUUGAUAGAUGUUGUAAGGGUGGAAAUAUAGCAAUCAAGUUUGAUACACGAAAGGCGUUUGACACUUUGGAUUGGGGUUUUCUUCUCCGGGUUUUGGAUGCUUUUGGCUUUUCAGCAGGUUUUGUGGAUUGGAUUCGUUCUAUUUUAACUUCAGCUCAUCCUUUUGUCCUUAUUAAUGGUUCAAUUGAAGGUUUUUUCACAUGUUCUUAUGGUGUUCGUCAAGGGGAUCCCUUGUCUCCUAUUCUCUUUUGUCUAGCUAAGGAGGUUUUUAGCAAGGGUUUAACAAAAAUGGUGGAAGAUGAUCUAAUUGACACUUUUUCAGUUCCAAUGGGUAUUGCUCCACCAUCUCAUGUUCUUUUUGCAGAUGAUAUUAUGGUUUUCAUGCAUGGAACUAAGUGA